AUGACUAUCUCGGGAACGAUAUCAUGGAAGCUGUUUCAGGCGAUGAUCAAGAUCCCAAUCAACAUGCCAAUAAAAAGAAACGCUACCAUCGCCAUACUCAACAUCAAAUCCAGGAAAUGGAAGCGUGAGUCAUUCUUUUACCCUAAUCUUGAAUAUCUCAUUUUUGUUGGUUUCACUCUAAUGGGUGUGGUUCGAACCCAUCUCAUGUUUUUCAAAGAGUACCCCCAUCCCGAUGAUAAGCAAAGAAAGGAACUUGGAAGAAGACUAUCCUUGGAGCCUUUGCAGACUCAACAUGAACGCUUUGAUAACUCUAAGCUGAGGAACGAAAAUGAAAAGCUCCGGGCAGAGAACAUACGUUACAAGGAAGCCCUUGCAAAUGCCACCUGUCCUAACUGUGGAGGCCCAACUGCUAUUGGUGAGAUGUCUUUUAAUGAACAACAGUUGAAGAUUGAAAAUGCUCGUCUACGAGAAGAGAUUGAUAGGAUAUCCGGAAUUGCUGCCAAGUAUAUUGGCAAGCCAAUGCUCUCUAACCCGGAUGCAUCAUCUCAAGGACCCCCUCGCUCACUUGAAUUACCUGUGGCUAGUUUUAGUCCACAACAAGGGAUGCUAGGUGAGAUGUUUGGUGCAAACGACCUUCUUCAGUCCUUAGCUGGCCCUAUUGAGGCUGAGAAACCUACUAUCAUUGAUCUAGCUGUUACAGCCAUGGAGGAACUAGUUAGAAAGGCUCAGGUUUGCGAGCCCUUGUGGGUUCCAACAUCAAAUAACUCUCAUGAGAUUUUAAGCGAAGACGAGUAUCUGCGGUCAUUUCCUAGAGGCAUUGGACCGAAACUAAUGGGAUUCAAAUCUGAAGCUUCAAGGGAAUCGAUGGUUAUCAGCAUGAAUCAUAUGACUAUUGUGGAAAUUCUAAUGGACGUGCAUCAAUGGUCAAAUGUGUUUUGUGGCAUUGUUUCAAGAGCAAUGACUUUAGAAGUGCUUUCAACCGGGGUGGCAGGCAAUUAUAAUGGAGCUCUUCAAGUGAUGAGAGCUGAAUAUCAGAUUCCUUCACCACUCGUUCCAACACGAGAAAACUAUUUCGUUCGGUAUUGUAAACAACAUGGUGAUGGGACGUGGGCGGUUGUUGAUGUAUCCAUGGAUAAUAUGGGCUCAUCGUCAAUUUCAAGAUGUAGGAGAAGGCCCUCUGGCUGCUUGAUUCAAGAACUUCCUAAUGGUUACUCAAAGGUCACUUGGAUUGAACAUGUUGAAGUUGAUAAUGGGGACGUUCAUGAUAUCUAUAAGGUACUAGUAAACUCUGGUCUUGCAUUUGGUGCAAAAAGAUGGGUAGCCACUUUAGAUAGACAAAGUGAACGACUUGCAAGUGCAAUGGCUAGCAAUAUUCCUGCAGGAGAUGUCGGAGUUAUAACGUCUCCAGAAGGGCGAAAGAGUAUGUUGAAGUUAGCAGAAAGAAUGGUUUUGAGCUUCUGUAGUGGGGUUGGUGCUUCGACUGCUCACACAUGGACAAGUUUAUCUGGUAGUGGAGGAGAUGAUGUGCGUGUAAUGACCCGAAAGAGUGUAGAUGAUCCAGGCAGGCCUUCUGGUAUUGUGCUAAGUGCUGCAACUUCAUUUUGGUUACCAGUUCACCCAAAACAGCUUUUGAAUUUUCUCCGUGAUGAGAACUCUAGGAAUGAGUGGGACAUCCUUUCGAAUUGUGGGCAUGUUGAAGAAAUCGCACACAUUGCCAACGGCCGUGAUCCAGGAAAUUGUGUUUCCCUUCUGCGUGUUAAUAGUGCCAAUUCAAGUCAGAGCAACAUGCUCAUCCUACAAGACAGUACAACCGAUUCUACAGGUGAUCCAGAUUAUGUUGCGUUGCUUCCAUCUGGUUUUGCCAUACUUCCUGAUGGACCAGUAGAUUAUGAAGGAGGAGCUCUUGUUAGUGGAACUGGUGGAUCAUUACUCACCAUCGCAUUCCAGAUUUUAGUAGAUUCGGAUCCUACAUCCAAACUGUCACUAGGAUCGGUGGCAAUAGUUAAUAGUCUUAUUAAGUCCACGGUUGAAAGAAUCAAAGCUGCAGUAGCUUCUAAUAUGAGUAAAGCAAUGGGGAUUUAA